GGGAGGGGACGGGCGGAGCGGCGGCCACGCUGAGGAGUCACCGACGGGACUUGAAAGACUCAGCUGUUGUUACCAAGAAAAUUCCUGAAACAUGGUGGAUUACUAUGAAGUUCUGGGAGUGCAGAAGCAUGCCUCAGCAGAGGAUAUCAAAAAAGCGUACCGUAAAUUGGCACUAAAAUGGCACCCUGAUAAAAAUCCAGACAAUAAAGAUGAGGCGGAACGGCAAUUUAAGCAAGUAGCUGAGGCCUAUGAAGUCUUGUCAGAUGCUAAAAAACGUGACAUCUAUGACAGAUAUGGAAAAGAAGGCCUAAUAAAUGGAGGCGGAGGUGGAAACCAUCAUGAUAAUUCGUUCGGUUUUGGAUUUACAUUCCGUAACCCAGAUGAUGUCUUCAGGGAGUUUUUUGGUGGAAGGGACCCCUUUUCAUUUGAGUUCUUUGAAGAUCCUUUUGAGGACUUCUUCGGGGGCAGGCGGGGUCCAAGGGGAAGCAGGAACAGAGGUGGUGGUGGAUCAUUUUUCUCGGCCUUUGGUGGAUUCCCUGGUUUUGGAAGUAGUUUCUCUCCAUUUGACACAGGUUUUACGUCGUUUGGCUCUCUGGGACCUGGAGGCCUUACUUCAUCCUUCUCCUCUACGUCAUUUGGUGGCAGUGGGAUGGGAAACUUCAAAUCAGUAUCAACCUCAACUAAAAUAGUUAAUGGCAGAAAAAUUACUACAAAGAGGAUUUUUGAGAAUGGACAAGAGAGAGUAGAAGUUGAAGAAGAUGGCCAGUUAAGGUCGCUAACAAUAAAUGGGGAGGCAGACGAAGAAGCCUUUGCCGAGGAGUGCAGACGGAGAGGACAACACGCGCUGCCCUCCCAGCCCACCAACCUCCGCCUGCUGAAGCCUCACAAGUCUGCCAGCUCCCCCCGCUUUGCCUGCCACUACAGCAGUGAUGAGGUGGAAGAACAAGACAAAAGCCGGGUUACGAGCAGCUUCGAGGCCCCAUUUUAUUUAUCAGGUGUGCACAAGCAUGUUGGUGAGAAACGUGCAGAGAAGGACCCAUCACACACUCAAAAGUCAAACUCAAAAAGCCAAGGAAGGAGUUGGUGCUGUGUGUUGACUUAAUGUUAGUUCCCUGGUAGAUAAUAAAUAGCAAGCAGCUUGUUUGCCUUCAUCCUGCUUUAGCUCUGAUCUACCAUUUAGCCUAGAUUCACUAACGCCCUGGGAUAUUUAAGGAUCCAGGGCAAAUACUGUUGUGCUGCUGAAGUGCCUCUGCUCUUUGUUGUUAAAAGUGAAGGCAUUUUAGAGGUUAACUCAUCACAGUACUUUGCACGUUCAUUUACUUAAAUUGUGCUUGGAUUCCUUGUCCAAGGAGAAGUUCAGCAAGUUGAUGCUAUUUCUGGAAGCUGCAGUUUUAGGCAACUAAAUCCUAAUAGAGGGGACUGAGAACUUCAGGCAAACGUGGCAACGUGGCAAUUGUCCGGGUUAUUUUUGGAAGUAAUUAAUCCUUUGAUGUAUUUCCAGUCUGUAAUUUUUUUGGCAAUGUAGUCCAGAGGCUAUCUUGGACAACGAAGUCCUCAAAACUACUUGAUUUAAUUGGAACUUGUGGCCAGGACUCCAGGACUGCGAGGACAGGUUUUUGUGAUAUGUGAAAGAUGCCUUUUUACUUGGAUGCCCAAACCAAGGACCCUUCUCAGUAGUGUGAAGUCAGGUGAAGUGCUGGGAAGUGUGAGCCUAUGAGGCUUCUCAGGGUAAACACAACACAUGAAAAAUAUGCACUGUAUCCCAAAACAGGUGCUCGUGUACUCCCAGAACUGUGCCAACUUCCACUGUGUUUAUGAGCCUUUAAACCUAACACUGUCUUUUGUAUGGAAGAGCUAAAGAUAUUAUGAUGGAUGACAGAUUGAAAAAAUAUAAUAAUUUAUAUUAAUAUCUUCCUGAAAAGUUGUUGGAAGCUUUGUGUCUUUAAAGAUGACCAAGCUGAAUAUUUUCUUUAAAAAAAAAGGAAAAAAAACACCCCAGAAAAGUUACAGAGGCUUGAAUGUAACCUCUGGGCUGAUGUCCUGAAGCCUCCCACGCAAGAGAGAGAGACAGGUUUGGUCUCCUGUGUCUGUGGCUGGCAAAACAAAACCUUGGCUUUGCCUUUGGACACACGAGGAUCUCUGCAAUCACAAUAUUUUGCAGUGGAUUCCAAGGAACACCUGAGUUUAACAUGCACCAUGCAAUUUUUGGAGCAAUUUUUAUGAUUGCUUAGGACUUUUUGCUGUGAAUUUAUUUAUGCUCCAAGACGCACAAGUUAGCAAUUAAAAUUAAUUUCCAGAAGUAUUAGUGCAAUCACAAAAUGCUCUCGUCUACCAGUAGAUUGUGAGUUGCCAAAAAAGACUCAGGGUGAAAACUUAAUUGCAGUAAGACUAAGAUUUUACUGUUGCUUUAAAUAUUUUGCCUGCUGUUCCUCUGAUGGACAGGGCUGCUGAAGGACUGGUCGAGUCAGUCAUAAAAACCUACGUGAGUGUCUUAAUCCCUCCCUGGGGAGUUUGUGCACGAGCCCUGGCCAGUGAUGCCAUUUCCCUUCAUGGGUGUUCACCUCUGCUGACUGCCUUGCCCUGCAAGCAGCUUCACCAGCACAGCUCUGUAAUUACAGAGACCACUUUACUCGCUUGGCUUCUCAUUGAUCACUGCCCUGCUUACACGGGCCAGCAUCAGGAGAGAAUCGUUUCUGCCUUGCUCCAAAGCCCUCUCAGUUCACUGGGAAACAGUCAAGUUCAGUGGCCUCGAACCAGGUGCAGUUCCACCUUGAAUCAGACGUUUUUGCCACCACCAGCAUAGGGCCCUUGACAGUGGGACCAGUUUUAGAUGUUGUCCCAGUUGGAGCAUCUCAAGCAAACCCUCAGUCAUUAAUGAUUCACCUGCAGUGAAGUGGUUUUCUUUUCCCAGCUCUAAGAAUGGGACUGUUUGAAUUUUGAUUUGUUAAGUCAGUAGGAAAUUUAAAUGAAGGAGAAGGGGAUAGGAUUCGUCUUGACUAUGUGAUGGGAAUCCCUCUGGAAGUGGCAUCUCUAGUGCCCAAGAGGAAAGGCUGGCCAAUUCCUGUAGACUGGCAAUAUCCAGAGGUGAGAUGAAUCCUCUCCUUAGUCAGGAUUGCCAGUCAUCACAUUUAACAAAAAAAUGAGAAUUUAAUUUAAUUCUCCAUCUACCAUGGAUGCUUUGUGUUUUAGUGGAAAUUGCUCUGGAAACUGUUCCUGGUUUCAUUAUGGCUUUUUAGAACAAAACUUCACCUCUUGUGCUCUGAA